AUGCUGAAGUUCGCGUACGUCGCCUGUGCUGUCUUCGCUGUUUCUGACGCCUUCCUCUUCGGAGGUUCCGGUGGUGGUAGCUGUGGAUGUGCUCCUCCACCACCUCCCCCAUCAUGCGGCUGUCCCCCACCUCCCCCUCCAUGUGGUGCUCCAUCAUGCGGAGCUCCAGCCGGCGGUGGAUACGCUCAAGCACCCGGACCAGUUGGUGGAUUCGGAGGCGGCCCCGUAGGAUAUUCAGGACCAUCAUCGUUCGGAGGUGCCGGAGGAUUCUCAGGACCACAAUCGUUCGGAGGACCAAUUGGUGGAGCUGGAGGUAGUUACGCUAGUGCCGGUGGCUUCGGAGGAUCCAGCGGUGGAUUCGGAGGACAAAGCGGUGGAUUCGGAGGACCCGUUGGAGGAGCUGGAGGCAGCUACGCCGGUGCUGGUGCCGGUGGCUUCGGAGGACCCAGCGGAGCCGGAUAUGCUGGACCAGGAGCUGGAAACCUCGGAGGAGGUGGCGGUGGAGCCGGAUAUGCCGGUCCCUCUCAAGGAGCAGGAGGCCCAGUUGGAGGUGGACCAUCAUACUCUGAAGGCCCAGGACCAGCCCCAGUUGGAGGUGCUGGACAAGGAGGAUAUGCUGGACAAAAAGCUCAC